AUGCGUCUGAUCACAAUCUCUGUCCUGAGCUCUAUACUUGGGACCCAAGUUGUUUCCGGCUCCCCUGAUCUUCCCAUCGUCGAUCUUGGAUACCAGCUUCACCAAGCGUCCUUCGACAACAAGAACGUCGCCGGCCAACAGCAAACUGGAGGCUUCUACAGCUUUUCAAACAUCCGGUACGCCGCACCACCAGUCGACAACCUCCACUUCCGCGCGCCGGAACCACCGGCCACGAAUCCCAUCGCCUUCGUGACAAACGUCACCCAAUGGCUCGCGUUCAACUCGUCUGCUUUCAGAGAACAGCAGUCUGCGAACGCCUCGACGACGCCCGUCCGUCAGCCAGGCCCGAGAACAAACGAGGACUGCCUUGUUCUUGAUGUCGUGGUCCCAAAGUCUGCCUUUGAACAACAUCGAUCCACGAACAUCUCGGGCUCGGGAGUACCGGUACUCGUCUGGGUCCAUGGUGGCGGAUACACGACUGGUAGUAAAGACCAGUUCGGAGGUCCUGCUGGUCUCCUGGCACAGGCGACAGCCUUUGAACCCGAUGGUCUGGUCUUCGUUGCGAUAAACUACCGCCUGGGAGCCUUUGGCUGGUCAGCCGGGCCCACGAUACAAUCAGACGGCGCUGCUAAUGUCGGGCUGCUGGAUCAAAGGCUUGCUUUGGACUGGGUACAGAAACACAUUGCCAAGUUUGGAGGCGAUCCAAAGAAGGUUACCGUCAUGGGCGAGUCCACAGGCGGCGGCUCUCUGAUGCAUCACAUCACGGCGUACGGGGGCAGCAAAGGGACAUCCCCCCCAUUUCGCAGGGCCGUCAUACAAUCGCCCGCUUUCUUCCCCCACGUGGAUGCGAGUCAACAAGAGGAGAAUCUCCAGACGUUUCUCGCGUUGCUGAACGUCUCAACGCUUGCCGAAGCCCGGAAGCUGCCAUCGUCAGCACUCAUAACUGCCAACAGUCAACAAGUGGCGCAAUUGCCGUAUGGCCAGUUCACUUACAACCCCGUCAUCGACCAUGGCUACGUGCCUUCUCAUCAGGCAACUCUCUUCGCCCGUGGUCAACUCGAUCGAGAUGUUGAUGUGAUGUUCAGCCACAACGCCAACGAAGGAUUAAUCUUCACUGAUCCGAGUGUCACCGACGGCUUCGCUUUUCGAAGACUCAUCAGUAAGCUCUUCCCAAGCUUCAAUGUGUCGUUGGUCGAGCACAUUGCCGAGGUUCUCUAUCCUCCUGUAUUUGAUGGCACCCAACCGUACAUCGACGAUUUGGGUCGCGGUACUCUCUUGAUGGCCGAGACCCGUAUCGUUUGCAACACACUUUUCCUACGCCGAGCCUUUGGGAAUGAAAGCUUGGCUUACAUCUUUGGUGUCCCGCCAUCCUUGCAUGGAGACGACCUCAAGUACACCUUCUACAAUGGUGCUUAUGGAGCACAGAUGGACAGCCGUUCUCUCAACGUGACGAUUGCAGAGGUCUUGCAGGACUAUAUAGCGUCAUAUGCCAUAAGCGGGAAGCCGGCAACAGACGUCUCGGGAGUUGGCGUCUUUGCAAAAGUAGGAAGCAAGUCCACGGCAUGGACUCUGGACGUGGCUGGUGUGCAAAGUGCCGUCGGCGGUGCUGUUAACGAUAGAUGCUCAUGGUGGCAGGCCAAUUGGGCGGCCUUUCCCGACACUGCCUAG